AAUGUUUACGAGUGAUUAACAUCGAAAUAUUUACGAGGGUUUUACAUCGAAAUGUUUACGAGUGAUUUACAACGAAAGUAUUUACGUGUGCUUUACAUCGAAAUAAUUACGUGAGCUUUACGACGAACAAUUACGUGUCAUUUACGACGAAUCCUUUCCCUGCGCUUUACGAGGAAUAUAUUUCGUCGUAAACGUAACGAGUCGUUUACGACGAAACCUCCGUUACGACGAAAGUUUAACAACGAAACGUCUUUCAACGUUAAUUCGUCGUAACACCCCGUUUACGACGAAUUUACAACGAAUACUAUGUUUUCUUGUAGUGCAUGUUUUUGUGAUAUGUUAUCUGUUUUUAUCAUAAUUAUUUGAAAAUUGAAUUUACUGCACUAUGAUUGCUUGAGGAAAGGUAGAGCUCUCAACCCACUACUAUUCCGUUUUCAAUUUUUUAUUUUCUAGGAACAAAAUCUUUUCUAAUUUUCAUAUGACUAAACCAUUGAGGAUCAGCAGAAGAAAGACGGGUCGAGAACGAAGUUGAAAAUGAACGUGAAGCUUAAUCAUCAAGUUAACUAAGAAAGAAUGAUGUUAAUAAGCUUCAGAUCAAGGUCGAUGAGAAGACAUGUCAAAUCGUUCCAUGCUUUCUUCAAGACCUUUGGUUGUGGGUCUGUGGCUCCGUAUCAUGUGUUCAUCUGUAGAAAGUUCACAAAACAUGUUCUUCCACAAUCCAAUCGACAAACCAAAGCCUCUGCCAAGACCUCUGAAAUCAAAUCAUAAUAUCAAAAUAUCUACAGAUAUUGGUGGGGAAGUUAUGGGCAUCAAAACCACCCACAACGCGCUGAUAUGCCGGGGAGCUGCAUCUGUAAUAACAAAUCCCUCGCAUGGUGUGUACAUCGGUGUUUCUAUGACCAGCAGAAGGCUUGAUAGUCAUGGGAUGGUUGAAGAAAACAGAAGCGAGACAGCUCUACCAGGUGCUCGAGCUAUUGUUCCCGAAAUGACUGCGGAGUGCGGAGAAGCCAACAGUUCUGGAACAUGGGCUCUUUGUAAAGAAGGCAUGCAUUGA